UGGAGCUGGAGAGGGACGCAGGGUUUAAACAGGGCCGCACAGCUGCGACCCUGGCUGACUGGCGGACCCGGGCAAGGAUUGGGUGUGGAGCGGGGGGCUCGUAUUGGCACCAGUGGACCUAGCCCCCCCCCGAGUAGUGGUGGCGGGGUGAGGUGCUCCCUGAGGGUGUGGGUCCUGCUGGGCUCGCUGGCCCUCGUCUUCCUCACCUCGCUCUUCUUCUCCGUCUCGCUGCGCGGGGGCGGCAGCCUGCCGUACCUCGACCCCUCCGGCUGGGAGGAGUCUCGGAGGGUGAAGCUGGUUCCCAGCUAUGCAGGGGUGCAGCACCACCCCGGGCCUGUGGAGGGCGCUCCACAGAAGACUUGCGCCUGCGACCACUGUGUAGGAGACCCUGGAGUCUCGGAUUGGUUCGAUGAGAACUAUGACCCGGACAUCUCGCCAGUCUGGACGCGAGACAACAUCCAGCUCCCCUCAGAUGUAUACUACUGGUGGGUGAUGCUUCAGCCCCAGUUCAAGCCCCACAGUAUCCAGCAGGUGCUGCAGCGCCUCUUCCAGGUGAUCCCUGGCCACUCCCCCUACAGCUCCUGGGACCCCGCCCGGUGCCUCCGCUGUGCAGUGGUGGGUAACUCUGGCAACCUGCGGGGGGCGGGAUACGGCCCCGCCAUCGACAAACACGACCACGUCAUGAGGAUCAACCUGGCCCCCACAGUGGGCUAUGAGGAGGACGCGGGUAGCCACACCACCCACCACUUCAUGUACCCAGAGAGUGCCAAGAACCUGGCUGCCAACGUGAGCUUUGUCCUGGUGCCCUUCAAGACCCUGGAUCUGCUCUGGAUCACCAGCGCACUUUCCACCGGACAGAUACGCUUCACCUACGCUCCAGUGAAGCAGUUCCUGCGGGUGGACAAGGACAAGGUCCAGAUCUUCAACCCCGCCUUCUUCAAGUACAUCCAUGACCACUGGACGAGGCAUCACGGACGCUACCCCUCCACUGGCAUGCUGGUCCUGUUCUUUGCUUUGCACGUCUGUGACGAGGUGAAUGUGUUUGGGUUUGGCGCUGACAGCCGGGGAAACUGGCACCACUAUUGGGAGCAAAACCGCUACUCGGGAGAGUUCCGGAAGACGGGGGUCCAUGACGCCGACUAUGAGGCCCAGAUCAUCCAGAACCUGGUUAAGGCCGGCAAGAUCACCGUGUUCCCUGGGAAGUGAGAGCUCCCCUCCUGGGGAGAGAGGACAGGGGGUGGGGGGCGAGCAGGGUGUGGGGGCAGGAGAGCAUUGAGCUUGGGAGGGUGAGAAGGAGAACCAGGGAAGGGAUUUGGGGACAUGAAGACUGUCAAAAACAAUUCUGCC